AUGUCACCCCCUCCCAUUACAGCCAGCGAUCCUAUUUAUAGAUCUGACUGCCUACAUUCCUAUCAUGGCCGCCGUCACAGCCACCAUUCACACCACAGAGCAGCCGGCCAUCACAAUAUACGUGCUAACGCACGCCCUUCCCCAUUACGGCCAUCCAUGCCAUUAGGGAAGCUCCAGCCGCCAUUCCCAAUAUGGCCGCUCUUCCAGCCGCCAUAUAACGAUACCCCACAUUGUUACUAUUAUGUGCGCCGACAUCGUCAUAGAUGUGCCGGCGCACACUGCAAUGCCCCCUCUAAUGGCCAACGCCACUCCCAAUAUGACUGCCGGCAUAUUCGGCCGCCAAUCACUAUAUGGCCGCCGUCUAAUAUAUUACCCAUGCUGCCAUAG